CCUAAUCAUGCCUUCAAUGGCACUUGGAAGAAUGAUUUGAUUGGGAAAUGUGAGUGGUCCUCACUCUAAUUGACAGCGGUGUGGGAAUACUGGUUAUCCCCAGGGAUCAAAAUGACAGAGGAUCCUGCCAGACACUUGCCAACAUGCGUUCCAUACUGCUUUGAGGAGUUAAAUUCGACCAACACGCCAGGAAAUACGACGAUCAGCUAUUCACUCGCCCAUAACACUGAGGGUCAAGAGGUCAAGUUCACUUGCAAAUAUGGACACGAGUACAAGGAUGAAACGGCCAUGAAUGCCUUGGAAACAAUUGAAACUAACGACGACUUCUUGACUAACAUAAGGCGAAAACUUUGCCAAGAGGUCGUUCAUCCCAAAGGUGGAAUUUACGUUGACCAAGAUCCUAUUCCAGACAGUUGCUACAUUAUCAAUUGCACGAAAAAUGUACCACCCAUCCCUCCAGCGACUGGAGCGGAUUGGAACAUGACCAAUGUGGACGUGGACAAUAAUGGUUUGGUGCCUCUGCAAUUGAAUAGCGUCAUUGAAUACAGGUGUACGACGCGAGGAAAAAAGUUUCAAGCCAGUGGAAGCAAUGCGUUUGUUGAGGUGAUCAAGGCCAAGUGCCAAAUCAACAAGAAAUGGGACUUGGAGGCAAUGACUCACACUUGUGAAUGGGCAUAUUGUCUGAAUCCCCCAAACCCACCUGACAAUCACAAUCUAUCGUUAUCCGUCGAUCCAUCGAAGCUCAUCGACAUUGGAGCAGACAUCAAAUACAAUUGUGAAGCGGGUGGGCACAACCGAAUAAAAGGCGACUUCAAUGAAAAAUCCGUCAGCCUCAAAUGCGCGGAAAACAAUGUUGUAGAAGAGCCUACAUCAUGGCCGGUUUGUGUUCCAGAUAUAACUUGUCCCGAUCCCACGUCCAAUGCAAAGAUAAUCAAUAACGGAAAACCCGGCGCAACGAACAACUUUGAUGCAAAAGUUUUAUACUCGUGUGUGGAUCCUCAAGAGUACAUCAAGAAAAAAACCGAUCCAAGUUCCAGCCUAGCACGAGAUAUCGAAACCAGUUGUGAUUGGGACAGUGAGAAUUGGACUCUUAACGUUGACAUGCUCGAAUGUGAAGUGGCUGCAUGUAUUGACUUUCCUGUGCCGCCAUCAUCGGCAAAUAUGGUCCGAUCUUCUCACGUGGGCGAAACAGACGUUGUUUUUGCAACUAAGGUCGAAUAUUCAUGUGUUGCCGGUCAAUUUUUCUCUGAUCAACCCACAAAGGCGAAUAGAUCUUUGAGCCUGGAAUGUCUACAGGACACAACCCAAUUCCAAGUUUUAGACACAUGGCCGGAAUGCAAAGCGGAUGCUGCAUGUGCUGCCCCAGAAGCGAGCUCAGAAAUUAUUGUGGUUGAGUCAAUUCAAGAUCCAAACUCAUAUGAAGCCACUUACAACUAUAGAUGCAGUGACCAACGUUUUUCGAUAUCCGAGGACGGCUCCACAUUCAAAGAUUCCAUCGCGACCCAAUGCCAAUGGAACAACCAAUGGUCCAAGAGGUUUGCCAGUUUAUCUUGCAUCUUGAGUCAUUGCUGGGAUUUUCCCGUGCCGCCAACGACAGCCGACUUGAAUCGAUCCACGCAUUUAGACGAGGAUCGAGUUCCCUUGGGAACAAGCGUGACCUACACGUGUGCUCCAAAUAUGUACUUUAAAGGCCAGGACGCUCCAGAAAAUCGAACUCUAGACUUGCAAUGUCAGAGCUCAAAUGGGGACUUUGGCCUUCCAGGCGAUUGGCCAGAAUGCACUUUGAGUCCAUCUUGUCCCAAUGGACCAGAUUAUACAACUGAAAUCGUCUCAGACUAUUCUACGGGAAAUUCGAUCAAUUUUGAAUCAUCAUAUAUGUAUAAGUGUUCUGACCAGCGUUAUUCGGUGGUAAAAGGCUCAGCUCCACCUCAGGAGACAGUUGAGACCCAAUGUCAAUGGAACCAAACUUGGAGCGUCACGUCUUCGAUGCUUUCUUGUGAAUUGACACAUUGCUGGGAAUACCCUGUUCCACCCCCUCCUUCUAAUAUGAAUCGAUCCACUCAUUGGAACGAUGUGAGAGUGGCCUUAGGAACCAAGACAACAUACGAAUGUGGGCCUAACAUGUAUUUUGAAGGCCAAGAUCGACCCGAAAACAGGACUUUGGAUUUGGAGUGUCUCACGAGCACGGGUACCUUUGCUGUUCCUGAUCCAUGGCCUGUUUGUGUUUUGGCACCUUCUUGCCCCAAUGGUCCUCCUGAUGCUCCUAAUGGAAUAUCAAGCAACUAUUCGGCGUCAGAUUUGACAGUUUAUGCCUCCAACUAUAGUUAUUCGUGUGAUGAUCCCAGGAUGAGAAUAAGAGACUCUUUAGGUUCCAACAUUUCUCUGCCAAGCAUAACCACCACGUGCUUGUGGAAUCAACAAUGGUCCCAAAAUCCCGCUGGAUUUGUUUGCGACCUAGUUGGUUGUAAUCCUCCACCUGACCAAAAAGGCUUAAGCAUGGUGAGUACCUAUGCACCUGGAACGCAAGUCUUAUUGGGGUGGAUCAUCACAUACGAGUGCAUCAAAACUCCCAAUCCCACUUACUUUGAUUCCGAUCGAAGCAAAAAGAAAAUUGACCUGAAGUGUUUGGACACUGGAUUUUAUAAUGACUCAAUCGUUUGGCCUACUUGUGUAGAAAAUAUUCGUUGUGGUCCACCGAUUGAUCCCCCAAUUGAUGGAACAAUAUCUUAUUUGAACAAUGCCGACUUUGGUGACGACAAUUAUGGCAUCAGUGCUGAGUAUCGAUGUCCCGUGGGUAAAACAUUCGCCACAAAUCAAUCAGCUUUGACAACCUUGUGUCAGUGGAACAAAACUUGGACCUUAACAUCGCUACCUGAAUGUCUCAUAUCUCAUUGUGUGAACCCUCCCAGCCUACCAACAACGACAUAUCUUGAGGAUCGUUUACUUAAUGAGAUGACCCGAAUCAAUCAGAAUAGAACUUAUCAUUGUCGGCAUGACUCCUCCUUCGAAACCGACAACAAUCGAAAUUCCUUUGAUUUACUCUGUAGACAGGAUGGAACUUUCGAAGAUGCAAAUUGGCCCAGAUGCGUCACUACCGUGAAUUGCAACGCAAGCCAAAUUCCUGAUAUCCCUGUUGACGGAGUUUUAAACAUCAACGGAUCCCCUUACGAUAAAAAUUCUGGAGCUAUUCCAAACAUCUUCCAAACCGAUCUUGAGUUCUUUUGCGGACCAUCGAGAAAGUUUCGAAAUAGCGAUGGGAACUUGUACAACUCUUGGACAAUAACAUGCCAAUGGAACAAAUCCUGGACCCCAGGAACCACUUUGGACACUUGCACUUGGUUCCAGUGUCUUUCACCACCAGUACCGCCAAAAGACGCCAAUUUGAAACUCAUGAAUACGUCCACCGUACCAACUGAGUUCAACGACAAAGUUUUCUAUGAAUGCAAUCAAGGCCAUUGGUUUGAGCAAGAUCGGAGUCAAACCAACUUUUCUCUUACUUGCCAAACCGAUGGAUCUUUUAAGGUUCCAUUGAACAAUGAUUGGCCCAAAUGUGUGACGACUGUUUUUUGCUCAAAUCCUCCAAGCGCGAUUCCUCCUGUGGGAACGGUUGAAGUUGUUCCAGAAGGUGCCGAUUAUCGAUAUGGAACAACGGUCAUAUAUUCCUGUGGAACGGCCCGGCAUUUUUAUGGCAAAGGAUCCAAACCACAAGAGGAUACACUCGAGUAUUUCACUUAUAGUUCCAAACCAGAUUUCGGGACAGAUAAAGUUUACGACUUCCAAGAAAUAUCAUGCCAUUGGGACAAGCGAUGGGUGCCCGAGCCCAUAUUUGACGAUUGCAUAUGGACUGCGUGCAUGAACCCACCCACGCCCCCGCAUUUUACUUAUCUAAAGAGCACGUGGGAUGGCGAACCCAUAGCUUUUGGCAAGACUGCGCCUUAUAAGUGUGACGACGUGGAAGUGGUGGAAUAUGGUGAAGUGGUCAAAACCAUAAAUAGAUAUUUUGUUUCUAAUCGGAGUAGAACAACGACGGAAUUGGAAUGUUUACCGAAUGGAAAUUUCAAAAUCCCCAUAGUGUGGCCAACGUGCACUGAUACCAUCAAUUGCUACUCUUACCCUGCUCGACGUCCAGGAAUGACGUGGGAAAAUCCCGGGGAACGAAAAUUUGAAUCCAUCAUCCGGUACGGUUGUGGCCCUCUUGGAAGAUUUUCACGCACCCUUCCCAAUGGGAUAGAUGAGCUCUAUGAUGUGGCUGAGGCCAAAUGUGAAUGGAACGGAAAAUUUCAGCCGGAGACUUUGGAUCGUUGCCAAGCCUCACAUUGUCUGGGCAUUCCUCAACCACCACCUGAGACAUUGCUGGUACUACUCGAGACUAAUUCGGCUAAAGUGAAGGAAAUCAUUGAAGAAAAUGAUCACCAUUGGAAGAGAAGUACACCUCGAGAGAAGCCCGAGCUAUCCAUUCCCAAGAACUUUUGCACGGACGAAUCUUAUGAGUAUUUCUAUCUCUACGGAUCCAUCCCGACAGAUUGGAACGCCAAUUUCACGACCAUCUCGUUUGAAACCACCAACGAUGCUGCUUUGUUCGUUCUACAAAUUUACCCUGGAGGGAAAUUUGUCAACCGGUGGUCAAACAGGUUCAAGGAUGAUCCCACCUUCAAAAAAGGCUUUGUUAGCAGCUUUGAUGAAGGCAUUGUCUCAACCAUCGACCUCGAUGAGCCUUUCGAACUGAAGGUCACUUGCGAUACUGGUGGCUUCUACUUCAUCAUAGAAGGCGAUCCGAGUUAUCCCUCUAUGGACCACCAAUAUCUCAUUCACACGUUUGAAUUACACAAGGUGGUAUUGGAGGGUACAACCAAUGGAAUUCAAUAUAUGGCUUUUGUCCAAGAAGGGGUUGAUCCAAAGGUUCCAGUAGGAAUGCAGACUGACUUCGGUUGUCCUCCUGGAUAUGUUUUGCAUGGAAAUUACAACCCGCAAGCAAUGGUGCGGGUUACGUGCCGCGAAGAUGGUACUUUUGGGACACCAAAUUGGCAAACCUGUGUCUCAGUGGAUGACAUCAUGCGCAAAUUCCAGGAAGGUCUGACUGAAGAUGCAAAUCUUAAUGGAAGUAAGUAUUUUCGUUCUUGCUUUACAAGCAUCAUUGAAAACAUGUUUUUGUACGCGUGUGAAAAUCAGUUAAAUAACCGAAAUAAACAAAAAUCAAUUCAAUGCUUGUUUCAUGUUCCUUAG